AUGUCUAAUCCAAGGAAAAGGUCUGUAGAAGAAGAGGAGAAUUCAAUCCCACAAGGCAUAUCAAAACCCAAAAAACAAAAUGACACCGAGACUAAGAAUAGAGAAUUAACUACUGUCCUAGUGAAAAAUCUUCCCAAAAGCGCAAAUCAAACGAAAAUGCAUAAAUUUUUCCAAGAUUGUGGUAUUAUCAACCACAUUGACAUUGUGGAUUCUAAUGAUAAGAAAAGUAGAUUAGCUCGACUAGAAUUCUCAACUUUCUUGGAAGCAUCAAGUGCAUUGACUAAAACUUUUAAGAAAGUUGGUCCUAAUAAUAUCAUUGAAGUCACUUCGCUACAUGGUUGUACUAUUUGGAUGACUAAUUUCCCACCUUCAUUUGAGGCAAAAAAUAUACGACAAUUGAUUCAGGAUGAAACUGGAAUGAUUGUUGUAAGUAUCAGAUUACCAUCUCUUAAGUAUAAUUCUAAUAGAAGGUUUGCUUAUAUAGAUUUAUGUUCUAAAGAAGAUGCUCAAUCAGUGAUACAGAACUUAAAUAAUAUGGAUCUUAAUGGUUAUAAACUCGUAGUGAAAAUAUCUAAUCCAUCAGAUAGAUCCAAAAGAACGGAUUUGUCUACGAUAGAAAGACGUGAAAUAAUAAUACGAAAUUUAAAUCCUAUGACUUUAACUGAAGAGAAAUUAAGGAAUCAUUUUGGAGAAUGCGGAGAAAUUGAGAGAAUAACGAUUCCGCAUAGGCAACGGGAGAAUGUUGAGAGUUUCCAUAACGGAUGUGCUUUUAUUGUUUUCAGUACUGCAACACAAGCAAAUAAUGCCUUGGAAUUGAACAAAUCAGAAUUUCUGGGCCGUGAAAUAUCUGUGGGAUUAGCAGAUAAAAAGCCAUAUUUGGAAAGAAAAGAAGUUAAACGUUUGUUACAUUCUAAAAACACAAAAGAACUGGCAAGAAUAAUUUCUCUAUAUCCACUUUCUGAUCGUGUCACUAAAUCUAACAUAAAAUCGUUCUUACAUGAAACUUUCCCUAAUCGUUCAGUAGGAGAUGAAAUGGAAGAUAUAUACCUUGUUUCAGAUAAAAAUGGAGCCUUCAUAAUUUUGAAAGAUGAAAAAUUAGCUGGUAUAUAUUUAAUGGGGCUCAAUAUGAAGAUGUUCCACAAUAAAGUUAUACAUUGUGGAACAGUAAAUGACCUAAAAGGGAAUGCGAAUGGAAUCCAUCUUGAUAAGAAACAGAAUAAUAAUAAUAAUAAUAAAAUAAAUACCAUUGAAAAGAAGCCUAGUAAAGAUAUUUUGAAAGCUCCUGCCGGUUUGGAAAAGGAACAAAGCCAGAAAAAGUUAUCUAACGAUGAUUUCCGUAGGAUGUUCCUGGGUAAAUAG